AUGUCGCCGCAAAGAGUUGCGGACGCAGCUCGAGUCUUUCCCUAUACUUAUUCUCAAGGCCCGACCUCAGGUCCUGAAGGUUCUGCUCAAGAUCAGCGGGGGAAGGCCAAAAAAGUUAAGGGUCGCCCGAAGGAACGAAACUCCCGGCCUGAGGAGGAUGGACUUGGCAUCGAACCCCCAUCUCCUCGUAAUUUAGCGAACACCAGUCGUGGUGGAGCGCGUCGUUCAUAUCGAGGUGGACGUAAGGGGGCAUACGAAGAUGUUCCACCCUCACCGAUCGAAGUAGCAUCAGAGCCUACAAUGUAUCGGCAGCCCCACGCUGCUUCCACCUCUCGCCAAUUGAUCGCCCAACAGGCGAAUGAAGAAACUGGCUGGGAUUCGGAUGAUUCUCUGGAAAUCAUAGACGACGACGACGUCUUUCUUCCAUCAGGAAAUGAAUUGGAGCAACGUGUCCAAGAUGAUUGGCGCCAUCGACGCGGGGUCGAGUUUCCUUCUCCCCCAUCUUUGCGGCCGGAAAAUGGAAACCUUGCAACGAUUUCCUCUUUGGGGCGAGCUGCAAUCCGAAAUUCCCCAUCGGCUCUGGAAGCCGAGGUUGAGGAAACAUCUGAAGUACAACUCCACCCCAAUCCUUCGUCGUCGCCAAAGCGUAGACUUACUUUGUCUCCGCUGCGCACCCUCUUUCCUACACGUCCCCAUAAUGCAGAGGAUCGCUCAUUAUCAGCCCACCCAUCGCCUAGUACGUCGCCAUAUGGUUCAUCCCUCUCCACGGCCUUUUUUCGAAGUACCACUUCAUUGGCUAGCUCAUCUCUCAUGAAAUUUCCGUUGACUACUGGGUCAAUAACGGGGAAAGGCGAUGGGUUUAUGUUACGCAAGCUUUUCUCCCACAAGGGGAAAGAGAAAGAAAAGCUGGACUCCUGGGAAAUUCUUUCGGAGGGCCAAUCCCAACCUCCAAGACAACAAACGCGUCCUGAAGGCCGUUCCCAACUUCCAAGACAACAUAUGCGUCCUGAGCUGUCAAAAUUUGCAGAAAAUCCUACCAGCUUGAUGUCGGCGAUGGCAUCUAUCGCAAAUGCAUCCACGACGAGUAUGGCCACAUCACCGACUAGAUGUCAAAGCUUCGCAUAUGGGUCUCCAACUGUCGAGGCUUUCCGCGCUGCCUCCCCUUCGACAACCAUGCCCGACUCAUCAAGUGACGCCCCAACUCAGGACGAGUCAUUCCUCUCUACGCACCCCUUAUCAUUGAGGGAUGUCAAAGUCGCCUCAAUGCCAUUUGUGAAGCGAUCUGUUCGACAGCGCUCACCUGCCCCUUCAUCCCCUACCCCGACGAUCAUCAACGCCGAAGGUGCUGGAAUAGAUGGGCCACCGUUGACCUCGGUACGGACUCGUAUGACCCCAAAAAUAAAGCAAACCACCCCGGUUGCACGCGCCUCUUCACCUCUCAGCAUUGACCCAUGGCGCGUUGAUGAUGCCCUGGAGACACCCUUGCCUCUUACUCCAAUUCACCGUUCACUCUUUGAUUAUUCUCGUGAGGGCGCGAUGACGUCAGUUUUCGCCCCUAUCCCGGCCCGACCACAGCAGGGUAGAGAUUUAAUGCCGUUUUUGCACUCAACGAUGUCUGAGAUAUCGACUGUCAAAGCGCAACAUCCGUCCUUCAAUGACCCAAUGACCCCCACCUCUCGACGACAUUACGCUGGAAGACCACUUCCUCGUCCGCCCGUACAUCCUCGGCCACCGAUCGACUCGACCUACGGAUCCAAUGAUAGCCACUUCAACGAGAGCAUGGGACGCUCUAAUACGCAAUGCCCAGAGGGCUUGCUUAUUGAUUUGGAUGACGUUUCAUUGAUGACGGGAUCUUCUACCAGUGGUACAACAACUCCCCACACUGAGGAGGGACGAAUUCGACCACCCGCAUUUUCAACGAACCCCACCUCUACAGACCUCAUAGAUCUCUCUCCCGAAACUCCUCGUCAGCCAGAGUCGGUCUCUCUGAGCUCCAGUGACCCCUCAUUGAGAAGUUUUGCCGGCACUGACUUGGCCCUGCUGGCUUCAAAUAUGACCGACAAUCAACGCGAUGGGGGGGACUAUGAAGUAAGUCUCAGCGGUCUUGGAUGGCCGGGAGUCACCCUUAAUAGCCCCCAAGGCUCUCCUUUUGAUUUCGGAGCUCAUAGGGCCAGCGAGCCCCCCACCAAGGUAUGGAACCUCGCAUCAGACCACAUGCAUGCCGAGCGCCAGCGCCAGCCACAAUACAUCACUGCUCGGGCGUAUUGAGCUCCAGCGAAGACGAAAAACAGCUGAUGGUCGAGUUAAGCUGAAACUUAGUUUGUUUGAUGUUGCGGUUGACAGAUGCGGCAUCUGUCUUUCGCAAUUCAGGAGCGGCGAGCUGGCGAGUUUCAGCUCCGUAUGCCAUCAUUCCUUUCACAACACUUGCCUCGCUCAGUGGCUUGCGAGAAGCAAAACAUGCCCUAUGUGUAGGGUGGCUUUAGAUGCUGUUGGUCAGUAGCUGGUCGACGGACCCAUGCAGUAUCUCCCCUCUCUCUUCCUUCUGGUAUGGUCGUAGACUCUUUCCUUUGCUUGACUCUUUUCCAUCAUGUAACAAACUAGCAUGCACUGAACAUGUACCAUGUGUCGUUCAAUCCUCAAAUAUGGUUCAUCGCCUUGUGCGAUCCUCUGU